AUGGCGUUACAAACGCUGAAGGGGCGCAGUGAGGCAUACGAGGCGAAGGUGACCUCGAGUGCUCUUUGGAGUCCUGAGAUGGGCAAUCACAUGGUGGAAGGCGUCACGAAGCCGCCGUACCAAGCGUCCUUGGAUGAGAUCGACCUGGUGGAGGAGUCCUUGGCCUUCCGCCGUCGAGAGCUCAUGGAGGUGGCCAACGGCUUGGGCUCGGAACGGGGCUGGCAGGGCUUGGUGUGGACCUUCGCCAACUUCCCACUGCUUGGCACUCCUGGUGGCCAAGCGCCUGCGCAGCCGGCGUCGCCCAAGCGAUCGGACGGCCUGGGCUCCAGAUCCCGCUUCGUACCUGAUGAGGUCAUCACACCUCAUCCACGUUUCUUAGCCUUUGUGGCCAACAUCCGAACCCGCAAGGGCGCGAAGACCGCCGCCCUGCUGCCGUUGGCCACGGACGCCUCGGGCACGUGCGAAGAGGCAGAGGAGAUCUCGGAGAAGCUGCCUUGGGAACUGGAGGACGGCAACCGCACCGGAGGGUUUGCACGGCGGCUGGCCAGCGUGCGAGAGCUCUAUGAUCGUGGCUGGGCGGCAAGUCGCCGAUCCUGGGCCGAAGGCUACGCGCCCGACGCCUGCCAGCUGGAAGUCAUCGAGAAGUUGGACAAUUUGUCCAACUCGCUCUCGGCCAAGCAGGUGCCCAAAGGUUUGUACCUCUAUGGAGGGGUUGGCACCGGCAAGACGAUGAUGCUGGAUCUUUUCCACGAGUCCUUGAUCGCCAAGGGCUUCAACUGUGAUCGGCAACAUUUCCAUGGAUUUCUCAAGGAAGUGGAUAUCAUUUACCACAAGAUGCGUCAAACGCAGAGGGGCCAGUCGAACCUCUUAGCACGUUGUGCAGAGGACUACUUCGCGCGCUGCCCCAUUCUGGCCUUCGACGAGGCACAUGUGCUGAACAUUGGCGACGCGCUGCUCAUGAAGGCCUUCAUGGAGGCAUACUUCAGAGCUGGAGGUGUGGUAGUCGCCACCUCCAAUGUCGCGCCGGAUGAUUUGUACGCCUCGGGCGUCAACCGCGAAACCUUCAUGCCCUUCAUCGACACCUUGCGCCAGAGCUGCGAGUUCUAUGAGAUGCGCGGGCGCGAGGACUAUCGCAUGCGGGAGAGCCAGACCCGGAGGCUACGGGGCAGCUACUUGUGGGGCCCAAACAUGGCCUCCGUCGAAGCCGCCGACGACGUGAAGCCCACGGAUUUCCCCUCGCUCAUGGAGACCAUGAACGGCAGCGACUUGCCACGUUUGGCGGAAGCCUUGGAGAUCGACGUCGGCUUCGGCCGCACCUUGCGCUGUCCGAGCGCGUGGACCGACGGGACGAAGACCGUCGCGCGGUUCACCUUCGACGAACUCUGCCGCCGGGCCACGGGACCCUCCGAAUGGCUGGGGCUGGCCGAGAACGUCGAUGCAAUCCUGGUGACUGGGGUGCCACACUUUGAGGCCCAUGAUGAAGAUGCGGCGCGGCGCUUCAUCACGUUCGUGGACGUCGCUUACGACACCAAGCGCUUUUUGGGUAUCACUGCGGAGUCGAGUCCCGAGGAGAUUUUCGGCGAGUUCCUCACGAAGUACGGAGGCGCCGCGGAGCGCGAGUUUUCGCCGGCGCCGGUAGAGACCGAGACGCCGGCCGGUGGUCGCAUCCAGAUGCCGGCGCAUGGCAUGGCCAGCGGACGGCAUGGGAUGAUCUUCCAAAGGCCCAAGUCCCUAUCCUACACCUCAAGCGGUGGCUAUGUCACCGAGGCCAGAGCGGUUGCCUCCUCCGUCACCUCCACGCAGAACGAAGGUGGCCAACGGGCAGGCGACGGAGAUUGGGUCGAGUGGUCGGCCACGGGUUUGAAGGACGCGAGCAUUUUCGAUCUGAGUCCCACAGGCGCGCGGAGUGGACGGUGGACGGUGGACGCACAGCGCCUCGAGUCGGCGCCGGACACGGACGACCCCAAAGCGAAGCGAAUCUACCUCGAUGCGGCAGCCUUCGGUGCUGGAAGUUGCUGUACACAGGCGACGAUGCUUUGCCCCUCCUUGAGCGACGCCCGGUAUUUGUACGAUCAGCUCUUGGUCCUAGCUCCGCUGUUUCUGCCUUUGACCGCUUCUGCUCCCUUCUGGCGGGGCAUGGUGGCGGCGAGUGACACUCGCAUGGAAGCCUUCAGAGAGACCUGGGAUGACAGGACUCCAGCGGAGGUCGACGCCGCGCGGCCGCGCACCUCGCGCGCCGCCACGUCGCCGCAGGUCUUUUUGGCGGAUCGGGGCCCAUUGCUGGAGCGCGUGACGGAGUACAACAAUGUGCCUUUGGCCAUGCACGAGCCCAGCUUCCACAG